AGGGACGGGGCGCUGGAGGCUGCGGAGGGUGGAGGCUGCACGCCCUCCGGCUCCGCUGCUCCGCGGGCCCCAGCUCCAGCCCUGCCAGCCCUCCGAGAUUAGAAAGUGACUGCCUGAACUAUUUUCCAAAGGAGAAACGUUACAAAUCAUUGAACACGGCAGCUCACCAGGAACAUCCUAUUGGUUGAGGGGGAACACAGAUUCCAGCAGCCACAAGGGAUGCUGCUACUCAGGUGCCAGCCGAAACCAACUCCUCGGAAGGUUUUGUGUGGGUUCUGUGCCACAAUGGGAAAACUGCAAAGCAAACUCAAGCAGAGCACUUACAAGUACAGCAGGCCCGAUGACAUUAUAGAAGAGAGAACUCAAACUAAAGCUUUGCAAGAGUAUAGCCCAGCUCACGUGGAUUCCGUCUCUGUCGUUGCCGCUCUGAACUCAGAUCUUUGUGUCUCCGGAGGAAAAGAUAAGAUGGUUGUGGCCUAUAAUUGGAAAACUGGAAAUGUGGUGAAAAGGUUCAGAGGACAUGAACGGGAGAUCACCAAGGUAGCUUGUGUUUCCAAAUCCAACCAGUUCUUCAGUGCCUCUCGUGACAGGACGGUCAUGAUGUGGGACUUGCACGGUUCUUCACAACCAAGGCAGCAGCUGUCUGGCCAUGCCAUGGUGGUCACCGGAUUGGCUGUGAGUCCAGACUCGUCACAGCUGUGCACUGGCUCUCGGGACAACACCCUGCUUCUGUGGGAUGUGGGGACCGGACAGUGUGUGGAGAGAGCAUCUGUCUCCAGGAACUUGGUCACUCACCUGUGCUGGGUUCCCAGAGAACAGUAUAUACUACAGACCUCGGAAGAUAGAACACUCAGGCUAUGGGACAGUCGGGGGCUGCAGGUAGCUCAUGUGUUUCCCGCAAAGCAGCACAUUCAGACGUACUGUGAAGUCAGCUUAGAUGGACGGACGUGUAUCUCUUGCAGCAAUGGCUUUGGAGGGGAAGGCUGUGAAGCCACGUUGUGGGAUCUAAGGCAGACGCGGAACAGAAUAUGUGAGUACAAGGGGCAUUUCCAGACUGUUGCAUCCUGUGUCUUUCUACCAAGAGCCGUGAGCUUGAUGCCUGUAAUUGCUACCUCAUCAUACGAUUGCAAGGUGAAGAUCUGGAACCAAGAUACUGGAGGACGUUUCCUGCAAGGCCUCCUGGCGUGUGCUCUGGGGAUGGCUGAGCAGCAGGGUCAGGAGCGUGAGGCUGAGUGCCCUGUCUGCUGGAACCCCUUCAACAACACGUUCCACACCCCCAAAGUGCUGGACUGCUGCCACUCCUUCUGCGUGGAAUGCCUGGCCCACCUCAGCCUGGUGACCCCGGCCCGGCGCCGCUUACUGUGCCCACUAUGUCGCCAGCCCACUGUGCUGGCCUCAGGGCAGCCUGUCACUGACUUGCCCACGUACACUGCCAUACUAACCCUGCUCCGCCUGGAGCCCCACCACGUCAUUCUGGAAGGCCGCCAGCUCUGCCUCAAGGACCAGCCCAAGAGCCGCUACUUCCUGCGCCAGCCACGGGUCUACACGCUGGACCUCGGCCCUGAGCCCGGGAGCCAGACUGGGCUGCCCCAGGACGUAUCACCCACCACUGUGCCUAUGCCCAUCCCCGUCCCCAGCCAGUACUCUCUGAGGGAGUGUUUCCGCAACCCUCAGUUCCGAGUCUUUGCCUACCUGAUGGCUGUCAUCCUCAGUGUCGCCCUGCUGCUCAUCUUCUCCAUCUUUUGGACCAAGCAGUUCCUGUGGGGUGUGGGGUGAGCUCUCUGUGCCCAGACAAGGAGCCAAGCCUUCCUCAGCUGCUGCUGGGUCUGAGGACUGCAGAGCCUCAUUUGGUGGCAUCUCCCUUUAUAGUGUUGUUCAUUUCACAACCCAGGGAUUGAUUAGGGGCCUUACCGUAAUGCUCGGGGAACAGAGCAGCCCUUACUAUUAAGAGUUUAAAAAAUAAAUAAGUAAACUGAA